AUGGUCGACCGCCCAAAGAAGCCAUCUGCCCUCUCGGCAACCCCAGGUCUUGCGCCUCAAGCACAAAUCAACAUCAGCCAUUCCAACUCCCGGGUCUCAGCUGUCCUACCAACGGGCGAAUCAGUCGAGAUACUCCUUUAUGGGGCCACCAUCAUAAGCUGGAAGGAUGCACAGGGGAACGAGAAGCUGUGGUUGAGCGAGAAGGCUAAGUUGGAUGCUUCGAAAGCUGUGCGAGGUGGCAUCCCGCUCGUCUUUCCAGUCUUUGGUACCGCUCCUGACCACGAAGCAACAUCCAAGCUUCCCCAGCACGGGUUUGCGCGCACCUCAAGAUGGGAGUUCCUUGGGAAGUCCACCUCCGAGUCCUCCUCGAGCACAGAUGGUGGUGAUAGCAGUGUGAAGUUAGACUUUGGGCUUAGUACGAGCAAUUUGGACGAGGCCAGCAAGAAAGCUUGGCCUCACGGGUUUGGGUUGAUAUACAGCGUCACCCUGGGUAGGGAAGGUUUGACGACGAGCAUCGUUGUUAGAAACGAGGGAGACACAGCUUGGGAGUUCCAGACGCUGAUGCACACUUACUUCAGGAUAAAUGAUAUCGCCGCGGUCUCCGUCUCGGGCCUUGAACAGUCUUCCUAUAUCGAUAAAGUUACCGUUCCCAUCAGCACAACGACGUCUCCAGCGGGCCCAGUUACCAUCACCGGCAAAACAGACCGUGUAUACACACCUGCGGGUGGGCCGGGCGCACCAGUUGUUAUUUCGGAAGGAGGCCAGAAUAAAUUCAGCAUUAUCCGAGAUAACAUGAAUGAAGUAGUGGUGUGGAAUCCAUGGGUGGAUGCCAAGAGCAUGGCCGAUUUUGCUCCCGCAGAGGGGUACAAGAACAUGAUAUGUGUAGAGGCCGGUGCAGUUAAAGGAUGGCAGAAGCUGGAGGCCGGUGAGACCUGGGAAGGGAGCCAGGUGAUCACGACGGGUAACUAG